AUUUCUGCUCCGUGAUUCAUACCGUCACACCGGGAAGCAACAGAAAUCAAACAUCCGAUCCUCAUCCUGACUUACUGCGCCCAGCCAACGCGUUAAAAGUCAUGGACAAACUUAAAUCAGUUUUGAGCGGAACGGAUGGACCCAAUGAAAAUGGCAACAUCUUGCAGGCAGCAAAUGAAGCAUCUACUUUGGGUUGGGGUACACGAGUGAAGGGAUUUAUGAUCUGUUUUGUGAUUGGGGUCACCUGCUCAAUCUUGGGAGUCUGUAUGCUCUUCAUCCCCAAAGUAGGAAUCCUCCUCUUCAUCAUCUUUUAUACAUUUGGAAACAUCUGUUCACUCUGCAGCACCAUGUUCCUGAUGGGACCAGUCAAACAGCUGAAGAGGAUGUGUGACAAGACCAGAGCUCUGGCCACUACUAUCAUGUUGACAUGUCUUGUGUUGACUCUCUGUGCAGCCUUCUGGUGGGUGAACUUUGGUCUCGCUUUGUUGUUUUGCAUUUUGCAAGUCCUAGCAUUUGCCUGGUAUGGCUUGUCAUAUAUCCCUUUUAUCAGAGAUGCCAUCCUGAAGAUUAUUACGAUGUGUGUAAAGUGAAGACCUCAGGCUGGCCUGUCAGCUUGAAGAAACAACUGUGCCUCAAUUACAAAAGGAUAUCUUUCUGGUCUGAGCUCCAUGGAUAUAUGUUUGAAACUGAAAGUUGUAUUGUCCUUUGACCUUUGACACGCUGCUUGAGAGGGGGCCAACCAACUCCUUACAGUAAAAUUGUACUACCUCUAUACUUCCACUUACAUUCUUUUUAAUGGUAUUUUUUUAAAAUCCUUUGUAGUUCCACUAUUAGGGAAGUAUUGUGCUUUGGGUUUAUUUAGAUGUUUCGACAAUUUCUAGUGGAAACAUUUGUCUUUUUUACUAUGUAUAUCUGUUUACUACUGUUAUUACUAUGUAUAUCUGUUUACUACUGUUAUUACUAUGUAUAUCUGUUAUUACUGUAUAUCUGUUUACUACUGUUAUUACUGUGUAUAUCUGUUUACUACUGUGUAUAUCUGUUUACUACUGUGUAUAUCUGUUUACUACUAUGUAUAUCUGUUUACUACUGUGGGGGGAAAUUGUUGGUGAUGCGAAGUAAGAACAUGUAAUUUUUCGAUCUAAUUGUUGAUUGUUGAUUUUUUUUCUCUCAUAAGGUCUCUGCAUAUGCUGUAAAUAUGUGAAUGUAUUAUAAAGGUUUAUAAAUGAAGGACUUUA